AGUCUGUUAUUCCAGAACAGACUGAAGGACAAACAGACAGGCAGGAAAGAAACCAGCGCUGGUGGUAAUCGAUCAGUGAACAGAAGACGCCGUAAACAUCUGAUCUGCUCUCAGCACCGACCUUGCGAUGGCUGCGUCUGCCUCGUCUGUGGUGGCACGACGGGUUCUCUCUGCUGCGUCGCAUGGCAGCCACGAGGGAGGAGCUAAGACCUGGAAGGUCCUGUCGUUCGUCCUGGCACUGCCCGGCGUGGCCGUGUGUAUGGUGAACGCUUACAUGAAGAUGCAGGCCCACUCCCACGACCCGCCCGAGUUCGUUCCAUAUCCACACCUGUGCAUUCGCACCAAGCCAUGGCCGUGGGGUGACGGAAAUCACUCUCUCUUCCACAAUUCCCACACCAACGCUCUGCCCACCGGCUACGAGGGCUCCCACCACUGAGCGCCGCCGUCGUCUCCUGGUGUCAGAGCCUACCCGGGGACCCUAAACCUUCUGCCUUCAGAAUAAACUUGUUUUUCCUAAACCUGAACAGAAAACAUGUAAUAAAAUGAAUAAAAUAAUAUAUUCACACCAA